AUGACCUUCGAGCGCCAGCUUAGAUCUUCUGACCAGCCACGCUUUCACACCACCUUCCCACGUCCUGGAGAUUCUCCUGUCUAUCGCCCACCGGUGCCGCUCGCACCUCGCACAUUGCGAUACGUAGAACCAACGCUCCCAUUGCUUGUUCCCCCACACAUAGCGUCGCCACACGGGCUUCCCUCGAAUGUGCUGGGGCCUGAUAGCCAUCCUACUGAUAGUACACAGGGAGCUCACUCCACCACCGCCAUGGGGACUGAAAGCACAAAUGAGACUGAGAUCUUGAAGGGUGAGAAGGAUGAGAAGGAUGAGAACAAGUCUGAGAAGUGCGACGGCUGA